AUGUGCUGCUUCGCGUCCGCAAACAGAGCGACCACCACGGCUGGAGGCCUGGAGGAGGAGGAGGAGGACCGGGUAGGGGCGCUCGGGCGCACUCCGGCUCUGCCUCUCGUCCCGGAGCCCCGACUUGGCCCCGCUGUCACCCGCAGACGUGCGCGGCGCCCCCAGGCCUCGGCGCGGCCGUGCGGACAUCGGCCCCGGGGCAAGGUGGCCACCGAGGAUCCGAACACGGCUUUCUCUAAAUGCCGCCGACACAGUGCCUUAAGAGUGCUCCGCUUCUCUGCGAACCUGCAGACGCCUUCCCGGUGGAUUCUGGACCCCGCCCCGCCCGCGAUCCCCUCGGUUCCGAAGCCGCGAGCCGCGCAGAGGGACUACACGCAGCCAGCGAGGGGAGGCACCCAUCUGGGCCGGGCUGCGGAUGCAGAUCUGGACGCUGAGACCCCGCCCCGAAAGAUGAGGCUGCGCCCCGCCCGGCCGCGAGCAGGAGGAGCCAAGGGUCCCAGCCGCAGCGCACGGCCAAGGCCGGGACCCGAGGGCAGCCACGUCCCAGUCCGCAAGCCGAGAAACGGACAAGGAGUGAAGCGAUCCCGGUCACGCCCACCGAAGGGUACGCCCUCGGCCACACCCCACCCACGGCCGGCCUCUCGGCCUCCCUCGCCCCGCCCAUAGCCGUCCCCGCGCACGCGCAGCUGGGGCCUCGGUCCGCCCCAGGACGCACCCGGACACCUCCGGCUUUCGGGCCUGUGCUCUUCCCGGGCUAGCUGGAUGUCACCUCCCUUUCUGUUCCCUUGCCCUCCUUCCUCCCAGCACCUGACUCUCGUAAUAAAAGAAUAGAAAGAGAAAAACAAGUGUAUGAACGUGUGUCUCAUGUACAGAAAGGGAGAUGCCAGGAAAUGAGUCAUUCUUAAAGACGCGGAGGGCUUGGAACUCCAGUUUGUACGGCAUCGUCAGAAAACAAAAUUUGGGGCGCGAUGACGACGCCAAGGAAAACCUCGGGUUUCCAGGGACAGCCAGAUGACUCGGCCCGGGACCUGCGGCCUCCGGCAGCCCCAGCACGCCUCGCUGCGACUCCGCUCCGCGCUGAGAACGGCUAGGGCUUCGAGGGCAAAGGCCCAGGUUUCCGGGGGCGACUCCCCCCGUGAGGCCGAGGUGGACGAUCUCGAGGCUGAGGGCAGCAGUGCAGUCUCGCUCCCCCCUUCCUGGGUAAAACACGCUAUCCGGCUUCCCCAGAAACAGGACCAGUGAGGUACAGGUAGCCUAUUCGGUGGGACUCCCGGGAAACAGAAACCAUAGCCUGUAAGUACAUUUAUCCAACUAUAGAAAAGAUUUAUUUUGGCGCAUGGUUUCAGAUGUUUCAGUCCACUGAAACAUUGUGGCAGAAGGGCAUGGGAGAAAAAAAGUAGAAGCGAGAUGCAUCAUGCACAGGGCCAGAUUCCCUAGAUGGAUGUUGUCCUUAUGUAUAUCUAAAAUGCAUCAAUAAAUGUUGUGCUUUUUUAAAAGGCCAUGGGAAAGUGUUAGGAAAAAGGAAAAGAAACGGGUAUGAGCUCACAGGACGGGUUUACUGCAGAACAAACGCGAGAGGGAGGCUCUGGCCCUGGAGACCAGACCGCUGCCCUCCUCCAGGCUGUGGGCUCUUUUGUAGGAGGGUGGAGUUCACUGAAAAGGGUUGCAGCUUCCUGACAAGAGUGAGCCUGAGAGAGCGAAAGGGGUAACAGGAGCCCAGCUGCUAUCAAUAGCAGGGCUGGUGGUGUCGGUUCCAGAUUCGGUCGUGCUGAGAGUGGCGGGUUAGAGACAACUGGGAUCAGGGUGCGGCCGCUGGAUUCCUUCAGAGCGGAAAGCUGUUACCUCAGGGCAGCCGGGAAGCGGAGCACGGAAGAGCCAGGGAGGGCCUCGAGGUACGCUGCAGCCCAGCUGGAGGGUCGAGAUGUACCCUUCGAAGACAACCGCACGCAGUGCCCACCUCAUCCAACUAGGCUGCACUGCCCAGUGAGCCCACUGAGCUAUUAAUCUACCACGAAGUGACCCACGUGGUGAGGUGGAGCCUCAGAUCCAUUCAGUUACUCAGAAUUCCACUGGCCACAACAGGACCCCCUGCACUCCGGGGCUUUGGGGGGACAUUUGGAUUCCAGCCGUAAGAGAUAGAGAAGAAAACAGACUUAGAGACGGAUGGAUUUUAAGAACUUGGUCUAAACAAUUGUGGAGGUGGAGAGGUUCAAAACCUGUGGAGCAGGUUUAGCAAUCUGCAAUCUAAGUGAGCUGAUGCGGCAGUCCAUUCCGCAUUCCACGGGGCAUGGAGCUGGAGACCCAGGCGCUCUUCCUGUCUGAGUUCUGAGAGAGCCUUCUUCCUCGCCAGAGCUUUGCCCUCCGGGGCUUCCAAUAACCACAUGUCCUCAAAGCCUGCUGAUGCAAAUGCUCAUCAAAUCUUUAAAAGCAGAUACCUCCCCAAGAACUUCUAGACCAAGCAACUGGUUGCUGCAGUCCGACCACGCAUGCUCAUGAAACGCCCAGGACCUCAGGCCGACCGUCGCUCAGAGCCGCACUGUCCACGUAUUUGGCCACCAUCUUGGUUUCCUUGCUUUUGUUCAUCGCUGGAUUUUCCCCAAACCCCCUAAUAAAACGCAUCUGUCCACCCAAGAACCAAAGCCUGUAGAGGAUGGAGCCCCUCCUCGGUAGGCAGCUUAGCGGAUGAACAGGAGGGGGCUGCAAAGAGUCAGUCUCCCUUUUGCCUUUGAGACCCGGAUCUCACCACUCUCCCCAAGGUUCCUCCUGCCUGGCCUGGCCAAACCCAAGGAGCUGCCGCAGCCAAGUGUGUGUCUGUCGCAUCCCCUGAGGGGGCGGCCCAGCGUCUUACAAAGUUGCUUUGCUGUCCUUUGCUAGUUUUAAAAAUUAGGCUCCAGUCCGGGGCCUCCAGACUGCCCUGUGCUCCACCUGAACCCCACAGGGGUGUGGACAGCUCCUGGUGACAGAUGAGGGCUCCUGCUGGGGGUCCCCUGGUGAUUCUGCCCUUGGGCUCAUCCUUCCCAGGCACAGACAGGUCGGUGAUGGAAGCAGAUUGCUUUGCACGCUGUGAGGCUUUGAGGAUCCGAAAUCGGAUAGGUCUGCUUGGGGAAGGAAGUGAGCAGGUUUCCUGGGCCAGGCACAGCCCCUGAGCUAUGGCCAGGGUCUGGGUCGGCCGAACCCUACAGCGCCCUGCAGAGCAGACCUCGAUCCUGGGGUCCGCAGGGAGGGGACCGUCAGACCCAAACCCAGGGAGCUUAGCUGACUUCCACUCAGGAGUUUAAAAGAAGCACCGUGUGUGGGAGAGGUAACGCCCAGAAAGUGACUGAGCAACUCGGGAUUAUUUCCAAAGUGCAGAGCAGCUGUGAGGUUUAUAAAACCACUGCCGAAACCCAGGAUUGAACCAGGGACCUUUACAUCUUCAGUUUAACACUCUCCCAACUGAGCUAUUCCAGCUGCACCCCAGUGGCCCAUUCUUCUAUGUAUUACAAUGAAGCAUUUGUUUUAUAGCACCGGAAGAGCUCAUUACGCAAGUUUAGCCGGUGGCAAACAUUUUACACCAGUUAUGGAAGAGCGAAGGCGAGGACCUGGUUUACAGAGGAAAAACUGAUAGAUAACUACUUUUCUAAGGCUUUUAAUUGCCUUGAAAUCUUUCUCAUAUAAAAAUAAUUCAUGGGGACCCCACUCCCCGCAUUUAUAUGGACCUGUUUAAUGCUUAUAACUUCACGUCAGCCCAGAAACAGCUGGACUGCCUGGACAGCGCCGUCUGUUUAGCAGACAUUCCCUCUAGGUCUCACCUUUUUCUCCUUGAUUUUAUUAUGCAGAUAUUUACAUAUAUGUGUAUAAAUGUGCUGCUCUUGUAUGAAGGCAGAUGUUACAAGGUCAAAAGUUAUGAACAUUUCAGUUAUUUUUUUUUACAUAUGUAAUCAAUUUGGAUACCAGAAAUGCUUAGAAGAGGAUUUGGCAUGUGCCAAGCCCUGGGUUUGAUCCUGAACAGUGUAAAAAGAGAAAAAAGAAAGAAGAAUACAACAAAACCGAAGCAAAAAGACACAGAAAGGCCACCUGUAAAGGUUUCACACGGAGACUUCCGGUGUUAUCACGUCUUGUGGUAUUCACGGCAUAGUAUUCAUUAAAAGCACUGAUUUGCUAAACCUCACAUUAAAAAUAUACUUUAACUUGCUGAAUCCCA